GGGGCCUUCUACGGCGCUGAUCUCCCUGUCCGGUAAGAUGGUAUAAUUCCAGGUCCGGGCCAGGUCCAGGUCGAUUAAGCCUGCAGCAUGCCGUAACCCCACGGGAUAUCGAUCAAAUACGACUGAGUGAUGUGAUUAACUUUCGUGCUUGUUACCUAUGCCCCCCGCUCGGGCCUGUUGGGGCAGAUCCUACUCCGGCCCCUAGUCGGCGGUAUUCAGAGUAUUUGAUGCCCGCUCCAGCCUCUCUUCCGAGAGUCUUGUUGUUUCCCCAUCCUUGACCACUGGAGCCAAGGCUGUGUACGCUCUAAGCAGGAGAGGUCGACGCGGUCUGCGCCAACGUCAAGAUGAGAUCUCAAUCUCUCGCAGCGGCUGUUCUGGCUGCCGUGCCCAGCGUCUUGGGCAUUACGCCGGAGCUUAUGCUUUCCGCAAAUCGCUACGGCGUCGCGGCACCGAAUCCCAGUGGUGAAUUCGCCAUCUAUACGGUUUCGAACUAUUCGUUCGAGACCGGUAGGAGGUCCUCGCAGUGGAACAGGCUCGAUCUGAAGACUGGCGAGAUCUCCCUCUGGCAUGCCGGCUCGGGCAUCUCGGAAGUGGUGUUCGUCGGGCCCACCCCUUCAAGCAUAAUUUAUAUCAACGGCACCAAUGCCGAGGAUGAUGGCGGCAUCAGCUUGUACUCGGCGGAUGCCAAUGCCCUUGGCGAUGCCAAGUUGAUCGCAUCCCUCCCUGCACCGUAUUCCGGUCUCAAGGCCGUCCAAACACCGUCUGGCGAGAUCCACUUCCUCGUGUACACCAAAGCUUACCCUAACGGUACGGCCUACAAUUCCGCGUUAGCAAGCACGCCCUCGAGUACGGGGAGGACCUAUAGCUCGAUCUACGUCCGGCAUUGGGAUACCUGGCUUGGACAGGAGAAGAACGCCGUAUUCGGAGGCGUGCUGAAGCCGAACUACGGCUCCUACACGUUUUCCGGCGAGCUCACAAACUACGUUACCGGCAUCUGCGACGUAAUCUGUGCCGAGUCCCCCUAUGACCAGAGCGAUGAUAGCGACUACGAUAUCUCUCCCGACGGUUCCACGGUCGUCUUCCUAACAAAGGACACCACGCUUCCCGCGGCGAACUAUACCACAAACGUCAUCUACAAGGUGCCGUUCAACGGUACAGUCGACGACGCCGUCCCGAUCAACGCACGGGGCACGACCAAGUACCCCGCCGCACAGGGUGCGGCCACGAGCCCGAGGUUCUCUCCCUCGGGAAAGCAAAUCGCGUACUUCCAGAUGAACGGGAUCUACUAUGAGUCAGAUCGCAACAUCCUAUAUGUUGCUAACGCAGACUCGGAUGACUUCAAUGUGACAGCACUUGCGCAGAACUGGGACCGGUCACCCGGUGCACUGGCGUGGGCGGCGGACUCGAACAGCAUCUUCGUUGCAGCCCCCGAUCUGGGUCGACAGCGCGUCUUCCCCAUCCCUCUGACUGCCGACGAAUCGUACGUGCCUACGAACAUCACAAACGAGGGUGUAGCCUCCGGUUUCUACGUCUUGCCCGACAACUCUCUGCUGGUGUCCGAUUCCAAGAUCUGGACUAGCCGUGACAUCUAUGCCGUCACGUCGGAGGGCAAGGUAACCCAGACCUACUUCCAGGCUAACCUGGUUGACCCUGGCCUUGCCGGACUCGGGCCCGAGGACGUAUCGGAGUUCUACUAUUCGACCAACACGUCGGAGACGGACCAGCAAGCUUGGAUCAUCUACCCAGAGGGCUUUGACGAGAGCAAGACGUACCCGCUGGCGUUCAUCACACACGGCGGGCCGCAGGGCGCGCACUCGAACUCGUGGAGCACACGGUGGAACUUCAAGGUGUGGGCGGACCAAGGCUACGUCGUCAUCGCGCCAAACCCGACGGCCAGCACGGGUUGGGGCCAGAACCUGACGGACGCCGUCCAAGGGCGUUGGGGAAGCUACCCGUACUGGGACCUGGUACACGCCUGGCAGUACGUCAACAGCACCCUCAAGUACGUCGACACGGCCAACGGCAUCGAGGCUGGCGCAUCCUUUGGCGGGUACAUGACGAACUGGAUCCAAGGCCACGAGUUCGGACGGUGGUUCAAGGCGCUCGUGACGCACGACGGUAGCACGUCGACAUUGAACCAAUACGCCAGCGAGGAGCUCUGGUUCAUGAACCACGACUUCAGCGGCCCGUUCAACGAGACCGGCUUCCAGGCCGGCUCGCCUUUCUACGACUGGAACCCGUUGCUGUACGUCAACAACUGGGCGACGCCGCACUUCGUGGUGCACAACAACCUGGACUUCCGGUUACCCGUCAGCGAAGGUAUCCUGCUGUUCAACCUACUGCAGACUAAGGGCGUGCCGAGCAAGUUCCUCAACUUCCCCGACGAGAACCACUGGGUGCUCAACCCCGAGAACAGCCUCGUGUGGCAUACCGAGAUCUUCAAGUGGAUCAAUUACUAUAGCGGUAUCAGUAAUGCCUCGAGCCCUUACUAGGGUUGAGUAAUGUCAAGUAAUUGCAGCUUGGAGAUGGGAGGAUCGCUCCCUUCCGAGUCUCCCUAAUAUAGUAAUGCUCAUAUCCAAUCCCCCAGGCGUCUAUAGCUGCCGCGCCGCUGAAUAGUCUGGUGUGAUUCAUGUGGUAAACUAUCAGGAUGGCUGAGCCACUGAUAUGAAACCCGGGUAAAGUUGGUUUGCGAAGGCUUGACGGCGGUCUGGUGUUUUGGGGCGGCGGCAGAAAGCGAAGCUGAAGGAGAGAGAAAGGUCAUGACCCCGAACCACGGGCCGACCAGAGAAGAAGGCAGAAGAAGGCCGAAGUGGAAGGCAGCAGCACGCCACCCUAAAGAAAAUACUAGUGUUGGCACGUAUCUACGCCACACGUCAUUCAGCCGGCAUCAGUAUUCGCAUUUAUAGGUAUUAGUUGCGAAUUGGCAGUUUCGAAACCGUCGCCAUCCCUUAUUCUGUUAGCGAGGUGCUGUCCGUGCAUGGUACAUUGGCCAAUAUGUAGGUACCUAAGUAUAUACCUAUGAGUAUGCCCAAUGUACUGCAUAGUAGGUACAUAUUGGAUUA